AUGGCUCAGAUGGAAAUAGGACAAGCUCUAGACCCUCGGCAUAGAAAUGAAAGCGGGAUACCCUCUUUUUCUGUCUAUAAACGUGUCAUUCGGAUAAAAGAAAGAAGCGACCCUGUAUUUCUGCACAGAAAUGUCACCUGGGUAUUGUUGCAAAAGCAGAACCGCUCCACACCAAGAAAUACCAGUAGGUCACCAACAGGAAAAGCCCGUGGCACUUUCAAGGAAAAUGACAACUGCACAGUGAUGUGGGAGGAAUGUGGCCUUCGCACUAGGAACAGCACUCACGCACUCAGAGAGAAAGAGGCUAGGCUUCUCCACAAGCAUGGCAGCCCACCCCCAAAAGGGAAAUUGCAGGGAACGCCCUCUGCAAAUCUCAGUGUAAGGCUUCCUGGAGAAAAGCAGAGAACCUUCCAGAAAAUUGGCAAAAAGAGGACUGGCAUUCAGGCAGAGCUGGCAAAAGGACCGAUUACUCUGCGCAGCCAGGCUGAAGACAGAAAGGAUUCCACAACUUCCUUACAAAAUGCUAGUCAGCCCCUUCUGCAGAAAAAGCUCAGUUUGACUCUUAGGGAGGCUAGUGGAGUAUCACCAGGAAAAAGACUCAGCAGCCAGCCGAGGAAUGUCAGCUGGGCAGCAGAAGACAAGGCCCAGAGCCCUUCUCACAGGAAUGCAAGCUGGUCAUUGCCCAGCCAAGAACUGCUGUCUCCCCAUAGAAAUGUCAACCAGGCCCUGACCAGAACUGAGGAUGGCCUUCAAAGCAAGAAUAGUGUCCAGGCUCAGCUGGGGAAUACCACCCAAUCAAAAACUAGGAGAGGACAAAAUUUACCUCAUAAAAAUGUCUCCCAAGGAAGGACAGGCUCACCAAAACAGCAGCCUGUAAAGCCCAAAGAAAGAAAGAAGUCCACCAUGCCUUCUCUGCCUCCCACUUGCUUGCUGUCUGAACACGCCAUAGCCUGUGGGAAUGCCCACCUGAAAUAUGUGCCCAAACUGACUGAUUCUGUUCUGAAAACCCUCUACCUGGCAGAGAAUGAAAUCAACAAUAUCCCAGCUGGAGUUUUCUUGGGAUUACCUAAUCUGGAAUGGUUGGAUCUCAGCAAGAACAAGCUGAAAUCGACCGGCUUGCACCCAGAAGCCUUCAAGAACCUCACCAAACUGAAGCGUCUGAAUCUGGAUGGGAACCAGCUCACUUCAAUCCCAGCCUUGCCAAGUUCAUUACAUGAACUUAAACUGAAUGACAAUAAUUUAGCAGGACUUCAGAGACAGAGCUUCAGAGGCCUCUUCAAACUGCUCACCUUGGAGCUAGAAGGAAACCAGCUGCAUGAUGGCAACGUUCCCCCUACUGCUUUCACGCCCCUGGGCAGGCUUAUCUACCUGCGACUAGACCGGAACCAUUUUCGGACUAUCCCAUCGGGUUUGCCUGCAUCUCUGCAGGAGCUGCAUCUAGAUUCCAAUCGCAUUGAGGAGGUGACUGAGGGUGUCCUCAACAGAACUCUGAAUCUCACUGUGCUGGUUCUGAGCAACAAUAAGCUGCAAGAGGAUCGCAUUGCUCCACGUGCCUGGAUUGACCUCCUGAAACUGGAGGCGUUAGAUUUGUCUCACAACCAUUUAGUACACGUGCCCUCAUUUCUGCCUCGACAUUUGAAACAGCUGACUUUGCACCACAACCGCAUUGAACGUGUCCCCGGCUACGUUUUUGCCCAUAUGAAGCCUGGCCUGGAAUUCCUGCAUCUCUCCCACAAUGUGCUGCGGGAUGACGAUGUCCAUGCCAUCUCCUUCUUAGGGCUCUACCAUUCACUUGCUGAACUGCUCUUGGACAACAAUUGGUUCCAGGCCAUCCCACAUGGCAUCAUCAACUUAAAGGGCUUGCAGGUUCUACGGCUGAGCCAUAACCGCAUCCGACAUGUGCCCCUGAACUCACUCUGUGACACAAGAGUGUCAGAAGACUCGAACAUUGUGUCUGUGCACUUGGAGCAUAAUUUGAUUGAUCGCCGCCGCAUCCCUCCCACAGCCUUCUCCUGUAUCAAAGCCUAUCACAGUGUGAUACUGAGACCACAACAGAAUGAAGAUGAUUACUGA